UUCGGUUUAACGAAUACUCACCCUUAGCCGGAAGUGUUCUUCUUGCCGUUUCCGCUUUCACCGUAUUCUGUAGCAAAUUCUUUCUUACCCUGAAAGGAGAAGUCGAAAUUCUUCAAUCCCACAAGAAACCUGCUUUGCCCAUUCUCAUAUAAUCUUCAUCUUCUCUUCUUAUGGUUAAUGUGGAGAUGACGAUGUGGGGUUUGUUAAUUUUUUGAUUAAUUUUUGGUUUUCCUCUUGUUUUAUAGGGCAAAAUGGCUGUCGGCGAUGUCUUUGACGACAACGUUGACAUUUUUAGUGCCACAAUAUCUGAUUUGAUCUCAUCGUUGAAAUCGGCAUUUCAAAGCUCUCAUUUUUCUGAAGUGCAAGCAGUUUUGGCUUCCAGAGAACAGAAACUUAAACGCGAAAUUGAGGCAAAGGCGAAAGAGAAUGAGCUGCUGAAGAAACAGAAUGGGUUGUUGGAACUGGAAAGGUUAGAAAAAAUAAAGGUCAAGAAUGAACUAAGAAGGUGCUCUAGAGAGUGUCUUGAGCUAAGGGAGUUGAAUUCUCGACUUACCCAAGAGCUGAAUGAUUUAAAUGAGAGAUUACAAGCUGUUGCAGAGUGUAAGCAAGCUAUAAUUGAGCUUACCAGGAAGAACUGUGAAUUAGAAUGUGCUAAGUUGAAAGCAGAGAGGGAUGCUGAGAUUUAUAAGAGGAGAUUUGAAGAAUUAGAGCCACGAGUUUCAAGUUUGGAAAAAGAUGCGGCGCUGUUGAAGAGUCUUGCACCGGAGGAUGGAGGCGGAGAUUUGAGAAUAAAAGAAGCACAGAUGAUAAGCGAAAAUGAAGAGGUUGAUAGUAGAACAAAUGGUGGGUGUACAAGUGAAGUGCUGGUUGAUUUGGAGCAGAAAGGCCCGGGAUGUUUCCAUAAGCUAGAUAAGAAUGGAACUGGUGGUGGGAGACCUUUACUCCGUGAUGUUGUUGAGAUUAUGGAUAGUGAUGAUGACUCUUCUCCAUGUAAAAAUUUGGAUACCAAAGAGAUGGUUAUCACAGCUCAUGUGGACCAUGCACAUUCAGGGAAAGCAGUUGCUGAACAUGGGACUAAAGCACUCAAAAGAAAAUCGACUUCAGGUGUCAAUAAUGGAGCAGAUGAUAAAAAUCAAGAAGUUGAUAGCAGUUCUACAACUGAUAAUCUUAAGAUGACAAAAAUUCAAAAGAUCCUCCAUAUGCUUAAUAGUUCUCCAGCCAUCAAUUUUAGAGAAUUUACUCCAUUGAAACCAGCUGUUUUGCUACAAUGUGAAGAGAAAAUUGGGGCAGCUGAUAAAUUUCAAAAUGGGUCUGACAGUUCAAGUUCCUCCAGCUCAGAAGAUGAAUGGGAUUUCUCAGUGGAUUUCUCUACAAUGAAUAAGCAUUGGCAACGGGGGCAAGAAAAUGGACCUUGUAAGAGGUGGGGGCGUGAUGCAGACAUGGUUACUGCAUUUGAAAAAAAUGGAGAACUUUGCAUGGAGGCUGUCUGUGCUCUAUACAGGCAACAGACCAGAAAAUCAAUUUAUGGCACUUCAAGUUCUCAAAAUCGAGGUUUUAACAAGUUCGCUUUAACCAGGGGUACUACUUUGGCGGAGUUCCUCAUUGAUGGUGAUCCAAAAGGAAAGUUGACGAAAUCGAAAAUGGAAUUGAUGGCUUAUGACCCUAAAGGCCUCGAUGACUGCAGAAGACUUGCAAUUGAGCACUCUAAACAGUUGUUUGAGAUAUACCAAAAGCAAGAAGAUCCUCUAUUCUUGAAUUGAUCAGUUCCUUUUUUUGUUUUGUUUUGUUUUGUUUUUUGACCAUUCUCAUGUAGGUAGAACCCUUGACUGAUAGGUUUGCUGUAGAUAUCCACAUUGCAUCGUUGACAUUUUGCUGUUUCUGCCAAUUAAGGGUUGAAAUUACAGCGUUGAUAUGUUAGAAUUUUAUUUAUUUAUGUAUUUCUUAUUGGA